AUGUCCGAAACUAAGCGCCCGCGCCUCGACUACCCUGCCAUUGCCCCAGGCGUCAGCGACCAGCCUGUGGCGGAUCAGCACGCCUCAGCCGAUCGACGACGCUCGAGCUCAGCUAAGACAGAGGGUCGACGCCGGUUCAAGUGCACAUAUGCUGGCUGUGGUCGCGAUUAUUCACGGGCAGAGCACCUCUAUCGCCAUCAACUCAACCACAACCCGAAAGAGAUUUACAAAUGCGAAUAUCCGGGAUGCUUACGGACCUUUGUGCGCCAGGACCUCUGUAUCCGCCAUCAGGAAAGACACGAGGUGAGAGGGCUGAUGCGAAAACUGCAAGACCCUCAACGAGAGCCUCUCUCCCCACGGUCCUCGUUGAGCGAAGAAGCUGCCAUCAGCCCAACGUCUCCUACCUCGAAUAUCUUUGCGACACCGAAGCCAGCCUCAGACAACCUCCAUUCACCUCCUCUAGGGCGGCAAUCCUUCUCCGGCGAGCCGGCUCUCAAGCCUACGGACCUACAGGCGAUCAUCCAGCAGAAUGGUCGCGAAACGAACGGGACGGGCGAGCUUGCUACCUCGGAGACCUUUCGCCCGGCGCCGACGCGGCAUGAUCUCAAUGCUAUCCUUCAUCAUCCUGUACAGUCCAGGAACUUUACUCAGGCAGACCUGUCGUCAGAUUCGUCCUUGACCACCCGACAACCUCAAGGCAUCCCUGACAACGUAUUCGACAACCUUGAUCCUUCUAUCCUAGGCAAGGCGCGGACACAUUCGAGCAGCUCUCGGCUUCCCGCCGCCACCGAUCCACAGACGUCGGACAGGUCUUCGGCUACAUAUACCAUGCCCAACUUAGGAGAUCAGACAUUUAACGACUCGCCGGUCUCUGUUCGGGAUGAAUUCGCUGCCUGGCUGUUUGAAGAUGCCGGUGGCUUCCAUACUGCUCCGUUCUCAAUGGGUGCGCAAGGAGGCAUCGGCUUUGCUAACGGCACCGAGAUAUUUGGCAGUGCCAUGUAUUCCAACUACUUCGCUGACCCUGCCCUGGACAAUGCCUAUCCUGGCCUCAGUCAGCAGCGGCCAGUUGAAAUGGCAACCCAGGCACCUGAGCUUUCCGCUGAUAGCACUAUUCUGUCCCAUGCAAAGCGCAUCUCGCUGAUUGGGUUACUGGAACGCUUCCACGAGGGCGACAAUCCGUUGGUCCGACAGCUCAGGGAAGAAAUAUUCCAAGGUAAUCCCGAUGCAGAGGAACACGUUCUCAGUAUUCGUUCUAUGCAACACUACAUUGGCUCUUACUGGUAUCAUUUCCACGCCCAGAUGCCGAUCCUCCACCAGCCUACAUUCUCCGCCGACGACACCCACGAAUACCUCCUCCUUGCAGUAAUGGCUAUCGGUGCCGCAUUUCUCAACAAAGCCCAUGGACGAGCGGUGACAGACGCUGCUGCUCGACUGGCCACCUUCAUCGCAUGGCAUCUACGCUGGCAAGUAUUUAUGCAUAGUGACUUCCACCCACCGGCAAAACUUUGGAUCUUCCAGACACUCUUGUUGCUGGAGAUAUACGAAAAAAUGAAUGCGACAAGGAUGCUGCAUGAGCGAUCUCACAUUCAUUAUGCCACCACGAUAAACUUGAUGCGACGUGGGACAGCUCUUAUCGAGACGGCGAACCAGGAUUCCUCCCGGGUGCCUUCUUCUCCCGAAGAAUGGUGGGGCCGCUGGAUCAAGGCAGAAGCGACCCGUCGUGCAGCCUAUGCCGCUUUCUAUCUGGACGCAGUUCAUGCGGCUAUGUUCGGCCACGCCGCGAUGAUGGUGGUCCACGAAAUCCGGCUCCCUUUACCCUGUGAUGAUGCUCUGUGGUCGGCCACCUCGGCCGCUGAAGUGGGACGAGUUGAAGCUAGUUUGCAUGCCAACGGGAUCAAGCCCACCACAUUCUUGGACGGGCUGAAAAAGACACUGACCGGACGGAAGGUGCGGACGAACAAUUUUGGCAGAAUGAUCCUCAUGGCUGGUCUAUUGUCUGUUUCUUGGCACAUGAACCAACGGGACCUCCAAGUGUCCAGCCUCGGCGUAUCGCAGACAAUGGGCGUGCCAGACGGCUGGAGGACGCCGCUCACGAAAGCAUUUGACUUUUGGAAGAGAGAUUUCGAUGAGAGCCUUGAACACAUGCGAAGGGCGACGCUUCCCUGGCAGAAGAUUGACAGUGCAUCAGGCGAAGAGGACAUGGCGCAGACGGCUGAAAUACUUCACCACCUGAGCCACAUGGCAAUGCACACCGACGUCAUGGAUUGUCAGAUCUUUGCGGGCAUCAAGCGACUCUUCGGCAGGAUGGUGACCAAUGCCGAUUACGAGAGAGUCAAGUGCAAGCUUUUCGACUGGGCAAAGGGCCCGAGCGCAAGGGUCGCCGUCUAUCAUGCUCUGCAGCUGCUCAAGUCAGUGAUUCUGCCCGGAAAAGGCGGUUCGAGAAGACUGUACAACGCCCGCGAUGAUUAUCUUAUGAUGAGACCGUGGACCCUGUACUUUGCCGCCCUCGUCGUCUGGUCGUACGGGUUUGCUCUCGAUGGAGUGCUCAGGCCGUUUCCCAGUCUUUUACAACCCGACUCUUCGCCCGGGGCUGCCUCUGCCCGGUCUCAUGGCUCGAACCAGUCGAUGCUCAAUAUGGCGCACGACGGCAGCGAGUUCCAGGUCGAAGCCGUCGUCAAGGACGCUCAUGCGUUUCUGCAGACUGUCGGGGCGGUGAAGUCGCCGCAGCAGCUCGAGUCGAUCAAAGACGGUCGGAACAACGUCGUUGGAGUGUUGGCCAUCCUGGAGACGGCAUUCCGUGAUUCACGGUGGGAACUGUUGCACGAAGCCGCUGAUCUUCUUCGCAAUGCCAUUGUCUUGCUCCGCGGCGCUAGUCGUCAAUGA